AUGGAAUCAAAGACUAAAUCGAAAUCGAAAUUUGAGACACGAGGCUCAGACGAGAUGAGAGAGUCAGAAUACAUGUGUACACGGGAGUGGCGACAACAUUUUUGGCAUGAUCCAGAAGUGGGACGAAAUGAGAAGGUAUUAACAAGGAAUCCGGUACAGGGGACAGCACCGGAUCCGUCUCAGGGGAUGACCAGCUCUAGCACAUGGAUUGACAAACCAGUGGUAUCCCAUCGAUCCGAGCCUGUGAUUAGUACAAAAAUGGCUCACGGUGGUUACUAUGAGGGUGAUUUGAGUUUGAACGAAACCAAUAAAGUGCUCCUGAGCCCAAAGUGGACCAAAGUGAGUAAAUCCACUACUUAUCACAGUAAAGAAAAGAUAAAACGACUCCGAUAA